GCCUGCGCCUGCUGCACCUGGACUCCGUACCUGCAUUUGGCCGUUCCCCCCCAACACCUCCAGCUGCACCAACCCCAACCCAAGCCCUCCAAGCUCCUCUCGUUCACACCUGCACUUGACGCACUGCACCUCCCCCAAGACCAUCGCCCUCUUGAAACAGGCACCACACCAUCUCCUUUGCGGUCGUCCCAUCUACUUGUAUGUUAUUACUUGUAGCAGCGAGCUGCCACAUCCACGCUCCUUUAGACUUCAUCGCAUUCAAAUCCCAUCCCAUCGUGGAGUCGCUUGCGACCUCGAUAGCAGGCCGUCGCCACCCACAACCAUACCUUUUAACCGUACUUAGUACACACGUGUAAAGGUAUAAAGAAAGAAGAAUACGAAUACACACCCCAUUCCCUUCCAAUUGCGCAGCAACUCCCAGUUCUCUACCGCCGUCAACCUGACAGCCUACGACACCCCUUCUUCUCCCGAGAGCUUAUUCACGACGAUCCUUCGCCAUCAUCGCCCACAAUCACAUUACCACUUCGAGGCUUGUGACUGGACCAUCCGACCGCAGCCCGCCCUUGCGCAGUCUGAUCCAACCCAUUUACGGAUCCACGACGACAGAUAUACAUACAUACAUUCAUUCGGUCUCUUCUGCAGCCACAACGUUGAUUUCCUGGACCAGCGACCCACGCACAACCACUUCUUUUGUACAGACCACUACAGUCGUCGUUGGCAAAUCACUGGCCCCAUUUACCUGAUCACAGUGCGAGCCCCGAGAGCAAGAACCACACACGCACUGGUCACAACCCUCACUGGCAGUGUCUCCUCACCAUGUCGGGCAAUCGACCCAACUUCGUACGGCCGAACUUUAUCGAUUUGAGAAGUCAAUCCCAUGGGCCAAUUGGCAAUGGCAUGCCAUCACCCCGAAGCCUUCCUUCACCUCGUUUAUGUGUCGCGGGGGAAGUACCGCCGGCACUUUCACCACUCGAUGCCUUUGCAGCACAGAGCCGAGCGUUGGCCAAACAAUUGGAAGAGAGUAUGAAUGGAGGCAAGCGGAUGAGUAGACUACCCCCUCUGGCAGUGGAGGAUUUGAGCAGUGGACGACCGAAUUACUUUCGCUCUGCCUCUGCAGAUGCGGGUAGUCCUUGCUGCGAUUCACCGUCAGAAAGGGAAAGUCCCGCUGUAACGACUGAAAUUGAAGUUCCUCUGGACAGACCAGUUUCAGUUCAUCCUCUCCUCAGUGGCCCUCUACCUCCAGAUACUAAUUUACCACCUCUCCCACCAACUCCAGCCGGUCGAUUCGAUUACCAAGAAGAGGAAGAUAGAGGGAGGAGGCCGCCAAUCGCGCAUGCUCGCUCGGACUUUGGUGCGCGUACAGAGCAAUCACCACCGCCCCUGGAUCGAGACUCGUACCAAUUCAGACCACAUAACUAUUCCGGAGAUCUAAGGCCCAGAGGAAGUGUGGAUUCAAUGCGAGCACGCGCACACGGCGCUCGACGACCAAAUGAAUCAGCCCUAGGAAUACACGGCUACGAUUCGAGAGCUUUGGCUCCUCCGAGGUCACCUUACGGACAACGAAACGCAAGUCUGCGAUCAAUGUCCACGAGUAGCUCAGAUGAUGAGAAUCGUCAAAACCAACCCCGUGUUAUUUCUCCCGACAGGCAGAUUCCGAGUGCCUUGUCUACGUCUCCUAAUUCUCCAGCAUUGUAUAAUGGAAGACCAACUUCUGUAAGCUCUGAAUAUUCCACGGCUGGAUUACCGCCGCCCGCAUUCAAUUUCUCCAGACCAAUCAGUAGAGCAAGUACAAAUGGAGGACUUCCAAUCGAUAUUCCUAGAGGACCCUCGCGGCAAGAAUCAUCUGACAGUCAACCUUCUUUUGUCCUAGGAGAUGAGACAGCCAAUACCCCAGUUAGCAUGCAUAGUGAAGGAUUUUCAGAUGCUCCAAAUGAAAAUGGAGCUGCUCCUUCCUACGUAUAUUCUCGAUUUAACCUGCCUCGAGGUAAAAUGCUCCAGAGGAAUUCAUUCAUUUUCCAAGACAGCAUGGGUCAGACUCGGUAUUCCUGGGAUCUGCCACAUACUGGAAACAAUAUUCAUCCAAGUCAGGGCAAUGCACCGCCAUCACCACCACAUCCAUCCAGUGAAUCAACAAGAUCUUCAACUGAACAGUAUACUCCAUCAUUGUUCUCAUCGACUACCAUAAAGGCCAAAUCGCAGCAUUCUAUGUCAACGAUUGAUUGCUCCCCUGAAGAACAUGUCUCUCGUGCUAUUGAGUACCACGAAGCGGGUGCAUUGACAAAGUCAACAUAUCACCUCAGACUCGCAGCUAGGCAAAAUCACCCCACGGCAAUGCUUCUCUACGCGUUGGCUUGCAGACAUGGUUGGGGUUGUAGACCAAAUCAAAAAGAGGGAGUGGCUUGGCUACGAAAAGCUGCGGAUUUUGCACAAUUGGAAAUUGCUGACGAUGAGGAGACGAUCAAGGAUGGCAAGACCGUGGAUGUGAUGGAACGAAAGACCAGAAAGGCUCAAUUUGCUCUGAGCAUUUAUGAGUUGGGCGUCAGUCACAUGAAUGGCUGGGGUAUCGAGCAAGACAAAGUUCUUGCCUUGAGAUGUUUCGAGAUUGCUGGAUGUAAGUUUUUCCAAUCCAGGGGUUAAUUGAUAAUUGGAAACUAAUAAUUUCUUUCUAGCUUGGGGAGAUGCCGAUGCUCUUGCUGAAGCAGGAUUCUGCUAUGCUCAAGGUGUGGGAUGCAAGAAGGAUCUCAAGAAGAGUGCUCGAUUUUAUCGACAGGCAGAAGCCAAGGGAAUUAGCAUGAUUGGGAACAGUUGGUAUGUUUUGGCCACUGCACUCGUCAAGAUCUUUUGGUAUCUAACAUUGUGCAGGAUUUAUAAAGCCAAGUAUAACGAAGACCCCAACGACGUGGCAUCCGGAGAACCUCGAAAAUCUUCAGAGACCACCAGGACUCAAAAGAAAUCUCGAAACGGUCUGUUCGGUAGAAAGAAAUCGACAACCUGAUCUCUCGAAGAGGUUUCGGAAGCAAAAGUUGAUAGAAAGAAAGAAGAACAAAAGCAGCAACAUAUGCAUAAUGUUAAUGACGAAUUUUUUCUUUCCACCUCAAAAUUUCAACUGCGAUUGGCGUUUGUUUUUGAUGGCGUUACUGGGAAUGCCAUUUUCUUCGAUUCUUUCUGAAUUUGGGGGACUUCCUUGGAGUGAGCGGCAUUCAUUUUUUCAUUCAUGGGGAGGGCAUUCGAUUUCUUUCUUUUUGAUUUUGGGCACUUACAUUUUCUUUCCUUGCUCUUUUUUUCUUUUUUUGUCUUUUCAUUUGGGUUGGAAUUGAGCGCGUUAGUUUUCACCCCUGGCUGUUGUUUUGUAAGGGACAUAUACCACUUUGGUCUUCUUCUUCUUUCUCUUCUUGUUCUUGUUAUCUUGGGCUUUUUUCAUUCAUUCAUUUGUUUGGUUUUAUUUGAUCUUUGCGC